AUGAGUAGUAUGUCCUCUGACAUUUUCAAUCCCCGCCGUCUCCAGGCCAACAGACUGGCAGCAGGACUGAAGGCCAUAGGGACAGAGCGCGGUGACGUAGUAGCCUGGCUCGUUGGUCAUCGCCCGGAAUGGAUCUACUUGUAUUUUGCCGUGGCGAAGUUGGGAGCCAUUGCGUUGCCGCUUCAGGCGCCGCGUGUCGGGAGGAGCGCGGAGGCAAUGACUUAUUGCCUGAAAAAGGCUGGAGUGAAGGUACUUAUCAUGGGUGACAUAACCGGAGUUAAUGAGACUGACGACACGGUCCCGUACUUGUGCAGCUUGUUUCCUGAAGUUAAAACAACGAAACCAGGAAAGCUGCAGAUUGAAAGGUUGCCCAAACUGACGAGUAUUAUUGUGCUUGGAGACAUCGGGACAGGCAUUGGUGCAUAUAGUAUGGACGAGGUUCAGACGUUGGGAAGCGAUGAGAAGCUAAUUGCGGAAGUGAGGGCUCUCCAACACCAGCUGAGCUGCCACGAUACGUUCCUGCUGGUUUUCAGUUCGGGAAGUACUGGCCAACCGAAGUGUUCUGAGCACAGCACCUACAGUCUGUACAACAGUAUCCGAUUUGCCGUAAAAGUUGUCCGCAUGCCACUUGACGGAGUAACACUCUACCCGUACCUGUCAACCCCAUACUACGUGAUCUGUCCUAUGUUCGCUCCGGGGUGUGCGGUUGCUGUUCCUGCCAGUACAGCGCCAUCAUCUAUGGAAAUCACGAAGACAAUUCAGGAGGAGAGGUGCCACUCGAUUGUCGUGUUGUUCCUGAAGGACUUUCACGACCUGCUUCACAGUCCGAACUUGGGUGAAUACGACAUGUCUUCAAUUCGAGGAGUAAAUAUAGGAGGUAACGUAGCGCCAAAGAGUCUGAUUGAUCGUGCAGCCGACGUCUUGCCAAAAGCAAAAGUGAUCGUUGCCUAUGGAAUGACAGAGCUCGUAAAGGUGACAGCGAUUCCUGCCGACAUGAUUGGAGAGGGUAAAGGAGCCGCAGUAGGGAAGCUGGCACCACAUGUGGAGAUGCAGCUUGUAGACAAAGACGGUCGGGUUGUACCAUUAGGCCAUGAGGGGGAGGUCUGUUUGAGAGGGUACUGCUUGUUCAAACGUUACCGUGGAGACGAGGAGAAAACAUCAAAGGCGAUAACAGCUGACGGUUGGUUCAAAACUGGAGAUGUCGGCACUCUCGAUGAGCACGGUGUCUUGAAGCUCUACGGUAGAGCCUCGGAAAUGAUCAUAAGGAAUGCCUACAACGUGCAUCCUGCUGUCGUGGAGGCGCCUUUAUCGAAGCAUCCCAAAGUGCAAGACGUCAGGGUUGUGAGUGUACCUGACCCUGCAAGCGUGGAGGAGAUAUGUGCCUGUAUCAUCCUGAAAGAAGGGCAGUCUGCAGACUCAGAUGAGAUGAAGAAGUUUUGUGAUGAGAUCGGGAUGGUGCCGAUUGAGCUGCCGGGUUAUUUCGUCUUCUUUGACGAGUUUCCGGUGACCACGACACUGCUAAAGGUUGACCGGAAGAAGCUGCGACUGAUCGCCAUGGAGAAACUUGGUCUGCAGGAAACCUAGAGGCUGCCUGUGGCCAGACUUGUCAACUCAGCAAACAUUACAAAAAUUCAUCUAUAGCUUCUUGAUCUAUACUUACUUAUCCUCUUCAUCCCAUGUGGGACAUAAGGCUGUGAUAAGUUUCCUCCACUGGGGUCUGUUCUGUGCAAGGGGCUGAGCAGCAUCCAAAAAGAUCCCAAUGGCCGCUAGGUCUUUAGCCACAGUACGUCUCCAUGUAGUUUUGGGACGUCCCCGUUUUCUUUUCCCCUCAGGGGCCCAAUGUAGAGCAACUUUUUUAUACAGUUCUUCAUUAUUGAUCUUUUUUGGCCAAUAGAUGUUACAUAUUCUACGCAGACAAAUAUUGUGGAAUACAUCCAUUUUCUUGAUCUAUGCUCUUCAAUUUCAGAGUGACAAGCAAAAGCAUGCCAUCAUAACUGUUUAACUGUUUCACAGGAAAAACAAUUGAUUUGUUUUUUUUUUCAUUGGUUGUAAUUUUGUUAUGUUUACUAAUGCCACAACGAAUUUAUUUGUUGCUUCUCGGAUUAACAAAAAUUGGAUUGGCAGGUCGAAAAAUAUAAAAAUAAUUUGUUUCAAGCGGUCUGGGGUGGAGAUAUACAAAAACAACAACAGCCUGAGGAGUUCAAUGGCACAUUUUAUAAAAUUAAUCCCUUCCUUUGAUUUGUUACUUAUGUUCUGAAUAAAAUGAAUUAUUUAAGACUGACAUUAUGUGUAUGCGGCUCUGAAUGGUAAUAUUUACAGGUCUGCAGGAUCUGUAGUAUUUUUUCUCGGGGCUUGAUUUAGUUUUGAAAAUGAAAAACAAAAUGGACAGGUGACUACGAUAAGCAACAAAUAAAAGUGGUGUGGCCUUACAAGUGAAAAUACUAGCCUGACUAAAUUAAGCUUCUAGCAGCCCUUCUUUUGGUUCGGCCAUAGAAGCUCAAUAGCCACCAUCAAAGUCAGGAGUACACACUGUUAAUAGAAUUUUCAUCAAUCAAUUUUCGAUGGUUAUCAAUCCACCUUGAUCACGGAGUGACCCAGGUCUCGCGAGAGUUGCGAGAACUGGGUCGAGAUCAAGGUGGACUGAUAGCCAUUGAAAAUUUGGAGGUACGUGAGUUCUAUUAACUGUGUACUUACGUAACUGAUGAAUCUCUUCAACGAGGAGUACAGACCUUAAUGAUUUAUGCAUUUGCAACAAUUCGUCUACAGCUUCUUGAGUUAUGCUGUUCAAUGCCCUUUUGUUCAAUGCAAGGAGAAUGCCCCGCUGACUGUCGCACGGAUAGAGUGUAACAGCGCGUAGCGCUUGGUGGAGGCAGUGUCAUGGUAUCAUGGUGU